AGUAACUUCCUUAUGACGGGACCCAAGGCCUACCUCACCUAUGCAAAAAGCGUGCAGGUGGGCACUCAGAGUGCCAUCGAGGAGUGUAAAUAUCAGUUUGCGUGGGACAGAUGGAACUGCCCCGACAGCGCAACUCAGCUGAGGGCCCUGAGGAGGGCCACUAGAGAGACAUCUUUCAUCCGUGCCAUCAGUGCAGCGGGAGUCAUGUACACACUGACCAGGAACUGCACCCUGGGAGAGCUGGACAACUGUGGCUGCGACGGCUCCAAGAAUGGAAAAUUUGGUGGUCGUGGAUGGCUGUGGGGAGGCUGCAGUGAUAACGUGGAUUUCGGGGAGAGAAUUUCCAAGCAGUACGUGGACGCGCAGGAGACAGGCCAGGACUCCAGGGCUGCGGUCAACUUACACAACAACGCUGCUGGACGGCUGGCCGUGAAGGAAACGAUGAGGCGCAUUUGCAGGUGCCACGGCAUGUCGGAGAGCUGCACGGUCCAGACCUGCUGGUCCCAGCUGUCCGAUUUCAGAGAAAUCGGAAACUACUUGAAGAUCAAACACAGCCAAGCGCAAAAGCUGGAGUUCGACAAGAAGGCGAGGAACAGCGCGGACAACCGGCGCGCCAUCCAGGACGCGUUCUCCAGCAUCGCGCGGACGGAGCUCGUCUUCCUGGACGAGUCCCCGGACUACUGCAGGAGGAACAGCAGCCUGGGGCUGCACGGCACGGAGGGCCGGGAGUGCCUGCAGCACGGGGAGGGCCGCACCCUGUGGGAGAGGCGCAGCUGCCGCAGGCUGUGCCUGGAGUGCGGCCUGCGGGUGGAGGAGAGGCGCACGGAGAUCGUGAGCAGCUGCAACUGCAAGUUCCAGUGGUGCUGCAAGGUGAACUGCGAGGACUGCUCCCAGGUGCUGGUCAAACACGUGUGCGCCAGGAGGGAGGGAGGGGACGCGUCUGGCUCCGCGGGGAGACGGAGGAGAACUUAA